AUGGCGGGUGCGACUUGGAGUACGCCUGUCCGCGCAGCAAAUGGCAAGCUACCGGUCUUCCAACUGGCAGCAAAGAGCACGCGGCCGCCUUUGCCCAGCACCAUGCGGCACUCGGCAGAGAUGCGCGCCACCAUGGCUUCCAAGGGACCCCGAGGUGCGAUGGCUGGGAGGGAGUCACGAGGCGCGGUGGCAGGAACCCUCAUGUUGGUGUUGACCUUCGUCGCAUCAGCAGUGGCGAAUCGUGUUGCAAAUCGGGUGCUCCUGGUCCCGAUGGCUGGACAUACUCUUUUCCUGUCCCUUGCAACUAGCACCGCCCAGUUGACUGCUUACGUUCUGCUGCUAGCUUUGCGGGCGUGGCGCCAACUCGCGAUUCGUGACAUGUGGUACUUCGUGGCAGAGCACUGGAAGUUGCUGGUGCUGGUGGGUGCGUGUGAAGGGGCAUUCUACCCGUUGGUCUUUGCCGCGGCUGCCAAGCUACCAGGGGGUCUGGUGCAGGUGCUAAACCAGUCCGUGGUGCCUUACACGGUUGCCUUCAGCGUAUUUCUGCUUGGCCGCCGCUACGCCCCUGUUCAGCUCCUAGGCGUGCUGGCCUCGGAACGAUACCUCGGCAAAUGA